GGCAAUCAGUUAAUAUAACAGCGCAAAUGCGUACGUUCAUUUGCGUCGAUAUGACAAGAAAUGACCGUGCAUUUUAGCCUCUACACCUCAAAUGAAGUACGAAUCAGCAUAUAAAGGUUAAAACGCACGAUCAUUUCUUGUAAAAUCGGCGCAAAUUCACAUAAAUAUGAACGCAUUCACGCUGUCACAAUAAUCGAUUGCCGCACGUAUCGCUUUUAAAGGUGAAUGUGUACUUGUGUGCCAGUUAUUUCCAUCCCUGGUUAUGCAUCACGGAAUAGGUUGGCGCGCUGCAUAACGAUCUUGUAGUUGGUCAAGACCGUAAAGCUAAUAGGAAAUAAAAGAAAAUAAAAGCUUCAAAGAGGUAGUCAACAUAUACGUGGAGUUUCGUGAGCGAAACCAAAACUAUCUGGUUUCACUUUUGUAAUGUGCGGGAAUCCCCUUGGAUCCCAUAGGGGCUUAAGGAAGUCACUCGAUAAAGAUUUUGUUACAUAUACCGUUGAUUUAUGAGUUAUUUUUCUCCGCUGUGGACCAAUUCGACAAGCGAUUGUCACUGUCUUCCGGUACGUUUAGGAUCCUUGGAUCUGCAGAAUACAGAAAUUGUAGGUAUGGCGCUGCUUACUGAAUUGCAUAUUCUUAAAACUACGUCUCGCAAUUUUACGAAAGGAUUUUUAUUAUAGUAUGUAGGCAAGACCCUAGAUUUGGAUAUAGACGCAGAAGGAAUAACUCAAGAAACAGCCCAACCCGAUACCAUGAGCGCGUCCAUAAUGUGCCCGCAAUGUAAUCUGGGCGUCGGCAGGCGCGUGCGCGGCCAGCGCGCCGUGUGCCAUCCCUGCUCCUCCGCCUCGCGCAGCAUCUACCAGUUCUGCUGCUCGUGCCGCCGCAAGUGGCGCGGGCACGCGGGCAGCUCCUGCAAGCUGCCGUUCUGCCAGACGCGAGCGGCCCUCCUGUCAAGCGAGCUCAUCGCAAAGGAAGACAGCAUGGUGAAGGACUGUCCCUUCUUCCGGAUCUGCCCCGAGUGCAGGACUCUUGUGACACAUUCAGGUGAAGGAUGCCCGAACAUCCAGUGUCCCGAAUGUGAAACAAGUUUCUGCUUUCGUUGCCUAAAGUGUGACGCGGAUGAUGAUGAUGAUGAUGAUGAUGAUGAUGAUUAUGAUGAUGAUGAUGAUCGCUACGACGACGAUGAUAAUUUCUGUGAUUAUAUAUCCUGCUACCAUGGUUUGUGCCCUAUAAAAGAUAAUUCUGAGUCAAUUACAGCAUUAGAUGAAGCUGUGGCAGGUAAAGCUAUUUCGUAGCAUAUCAGAGAUGUACGUAUAAUAAUAUAAAUAGGAAUAAAGACCUGGAGCCCAUACGUUCUGGAAUAGGCUCCACUCCCCCUGCAUAACACACCUGGAAAUGGAAAAUAGAUGGAUGGAAGAGUGGAUGGAUGGAAGAAUGAGAAAUAGUGGCAAUUGUGACAGUAAUUAUAUAAAGUAUUUGUCUCAGGUGUUCGGUAUCUGGCUGUUACCGGAUACCACGGUCUACGUCUCACUGGAUAUGCAUUUCAGUAAUCCGUCAUUCUUAACAAAGCCUGCAUGCAUUUUCAGGUCUUCUCUGAUUCUCUGUAAAUGUUGCUUAGCUGUGAAUCAUAAUAAAUCAUUUCAGCAUUUCA